AAAAGACAGUUGAAUAAAAAUGGAAAAAUAUAUUAUAUUAAACAUUAUAUUAAAAUGUCUCAUUGAUAAUAUCAUUGCCUUUUUUUCGCUAGCUUGUUGAGGCUUUGAAAAUGGUAAAUUUCACCAUAAAGACUGGAGAUGAUGUGUGGUUUGACAGCACUGGUGGCGCAGUAGCCCAAUAUGACGUUGUCAAUUGGCAGCAGGACUCAGAUGGAUCAAUACAGUUUAAAUCAGUGGGAUACUAUGAUGCCUCACUGCCACCUGACCAGCGCUUUGUGCUUAACACUGAAAACAUAAUCUGGGCUGGAGGACAGUUAGAGAAGCCAAGGUCUGUGUGCAGUGAGAGCUGUCCUCCAGGCACUAGGAAGGCUGCACAGAAAGGAAGACCUGUCUGCUGUUAUGACUGUAUUCCAUGUGCAGAAGGAGAAAUCAGCAAUGAGACAGAUUCAAAUAACUGCAAGUGGUGUCCAAGGGAAUACUGGCCUAAUGCUGAGAAAAAUAAAUGUGUCUUAAAAACUGUAGAGUUUCUGUCAUUCACAGAAGUAAUGGGUAUAGUGCUAGUCUUUUUCUCAAUGUUUGGAGUAGGAUUAACUGCGAUGGUGGCCAUCCUGUUUUACAGCAAAAAGGACACCCCCAUAGUAAAAGCCAACAACUCAGAGCUGAGCUUCUUGCUGCUCUUUUCAUUGACUUUGUGUUUCCUCUGUUCACUUACUUUCAUUGGACGGCCCACUGAGUGGUCCUGUAUGUUGCGUCACACAGCGUUUGGGAUCACUUUUGUCCUCUGUAUCUCCUGUGUUCUUGGGAAAACAAUAGUGGUGUUAAUGGCCUUCAAGGCUACACUUCCAGGAAGUAACGUCAUGAAAUGGUUUGGGCCUUCACAACAGCGACUCUGUGUUCUUGCCUUUACACUUAUACAGGUUCUUAUCUGUGUGCUUUGGAUAACAAUAUCACCUCCAUUUCCUCACAAAAAUAUGACAUAUUAUAAGGAAACUAUCAUUCUUGAGUGCAGCCUGGGUUCUGCUAUAGGAUUCUGGGCUGUGAUGGGUUAUAUUGGCCUACUGGCUGUUUUGUGCUUCAUUCUAGCUUUUCUGGCACGCACACUGCCUGAUAACUUCAAUGAAGCCAAAUUCAUCACAUUCAGUAUGCUCAUAUUCUGUGCUGUAUGGAUCACAUUUAUUCCAGCUUAUGUCAGUUCUCCUGGAAAAUUCACUGUAGCUGUGGAGAUAUUUGCCAUUUUAGCCUCAAGCUUCAGUUUACUAUUCUGCAUAUUUGCACCUAAAUGUUAUGUCAUCCUGUUUAAGCCUGAACAAAAUACAAAGCAAAAUAUGAUGGGGAAAACAACAUCUAAGUCCUGCUGA